AUGCGAAAUUUCUCUGCCUUGCUUCGCAAGAAACCGUUUGCAAUUCCCUCAUCAGGGGUACCUUUACCGCCCGGCAUACUCGUUGAUGAAGAGAUCUCGCCAGUAUAUGAUUCCAAGAACUUCUACCCAGCGAAGCCUGGAGAGGUACUCGCCGAUCGUUAUCAAACCAUGGUCAAGGUUGGUUGGGGAGUGUCUUCAACAGUAUGGCUCGCACGCGAUUUACAAGGGCAUAUCGAAGAGCCAGAGAGCAUCGUGGCACUCAAAAUCGCCAAUAACAAUACGAGUUCCGCUGGUCACGAGCGCGAAGUUGAAGAGCAUAUAUCCACAGCAGACCCAUCACAUCGCGGGCGCUCACUCAUCCGAACAUUACUAGACUAUUUUGAAGUCAAAGGCCCAGAAGGAUCUCAUUCGUGUCUCGUGUAUAUGCCUAUGAGGGAGCCAUUGUCGAUGUACCAGCGGCGCUUUGACGAUAGCAAGAUGCCACUGCCUCUCAUUAAAACAUACAUUCGUGCUCUUCUUACGGGGCUUGAUUAUCUUCACAAAGAAUGCAGGACAGUUCACACAGACCUAAAGCUUGAGAACAUCAUGGUCUCAUUUGAGGAUCCAGCGGUGCUUGCUGAUUUCAUGGAGAAUCAGCUUGAAAACCCGAUGCCUUUCAAGAUCGACUCAGUGGGACGACCGGUAUAUCAGUCCCGUAAUGACUUCGGGCCACUCAAAAGCCUGAGAAGUAUACCACAGCUUGUCGAUUUCGGCUUGGCAACCAGACUCGAAGAAGACGAUGACUGGGGCGUCUGGCCUAUUCAGCCAGAUCACUAUCGGGCUCCAGAGGUGAUACUGGGCAAUGGAUGGCAAAUGCAUGCUGAUAUUUGGAAUCUCGGUGUCCUGUUGUGGGAUAUGAUCGAAGGCAAAGAGCUAUUUCGGCAUAUUCAUGAUCAAGAAGGUCGUUACGAUGCUAAACUACACCUCGCCGAAAUGAUAGCCUUACUCGGCCUGCCCCCUCCCGAGAUCAUGCAAAGGUAUCAAUACAUGCGAGAAUACUCGUGGCCGGAACCUGUCAGACGAGAAGAUGGCAGAAUAUGCGAGACUGCGGAGGAGUACUUCUGUGGGCCAUUUUUUGAUGCUAAAGGUAUUACUGAGCUCCAUAUCUCGAACGAAUCAUUCUCAGACUCACACACCAUCUUAGGUCGCUUCCUCUACGAAGAUCUAAUUCCCAACCGCAAACUAGACGACACAAUUUCAUUCCUUGAAGGAGAUGAGAAAGAAGCGUUUCUGGAUCUCGCGAAGGGAAUGCUUGUCUGGCAUCCAAACUUCAGAAAACCGGCAGCUGAACUGGCGGCGCACCCUUUUCUUCAACCAAAGCAGAAAAGUGCCUAA